AUGGACUCCAACGGACUCAAAACCUCUCCCUCCCCCGAAUUUUCACCCUUGGCGUUGGCCGACGAUCUCGCGCCGUUGCCCGAGUACAAGGCAGCCCAGACGUCCAGCUUUGACAUGUCGGGUCUUCUGUCCAGUCCCCUCCGGCUGCACGAGGACCUCUCGUCAGGUUGCGGAGGGCAGACUUGGCCGGCGGGGAUGGUCUUGGCCAAGCACAUGCUACGGUAUCACAGGUGUGAUCUGCGUGACGCGAGGAUAUUAGAACUCGGCGCGGGUGGUGGCCUUGUUGGUCUCGCCGUCGCCAGCGGUUGUCAGCUACAGAACCAGUCGACGUUUCUGCUCACCGACCAAGAGGAGAUGUUCUCGCUUAUGAAGUACAACAUCGCCUUGAACAACCUCCAGGAUAGAAUCAAGCCAAUGAUAUUGAAUUGGGGAGAACCUCUUCCGCAGGACGUCGUGGACAUGAAACCCAAUGUCAUACUGGCGGCUGACUGCGUCUACUUCGAGCCGGCUUUCCCGCUCCUGCUCGAUACUCUGUCCGCUCUGUUCGCGCUCAACGCGGAUGCCGUGGUCUAUUUUUGCUUCAAGAAGAGAAGGCGCGCCGAUAUGCGCUUCCUCAGCAAAGCCCAGAAGAUGUUCCGGGUAGACCAGGUCUUCGACGAGGACCGGCCCGUAUUCAGCAGGGAGAGUCUUUUCCUGUUCACGUUUCGAAGUAAAAAGGCCACCCAGCUGCAGUGA